GCGAAAUCAAUUUGUAAGUUCUCCGCUUCCCCCCUCCCCCUCCCCCUCUCUCUGUCAUGAAACAAAAAUAUCAAAGUUUUACGGGCAGUGCAUAAAAUUUACCUUUUUGUUUGGUAUUCCAAUGGUUCUUUAUCGGCGAAAUAUGAAUUUAUGAUUUGGUUUUUAGGCGGCGCAAAAGAUCCAAAGUGGGAGAUAUAGUUUGGAGCAAAACGGAAUGGCUUCUCUGUUCAAGGAUUUAGCCAAGAUUUCAGCAUAUAGGGAUAGAAGGUUUCCGGGAACACAGGAAGAAUUUGAAGAUGCUUUGCUGAAGUCGACAACUGUUUAUGUGGGGAACAUGUCCUUCUACACAACAGAGGAACAAGUGUAUGAGCUGUUCUCUCGUGCUGGAGAGAUUAAAAAGAUAGUGAUGGGAUUGGAUAAGAAUUCCAAAACUCCUUGUGGGUUCUGCUUUGUAAUGUUCUACUCUAGGGACGACACUGAAGAUUCUGUCAAAUAUAUCAGUGGGACAAUUCUUGAUGAUCGCCCUAUUCGUGUGGAUUUUGAUUGGGGAUUUCAAGAAGGUAGACAAUGGGGCCGUGGUAGGAGUGGUGGACAGGUGCGCGACGAAUAUCGUACCGACUACGAUCCAGGUCGAGGUGGUUAUGGAAAAUUGGUCCAAAAGGAAUUGGAAGCACAGAGACAGCUAGUGGAUUAUGGCACAGGAUCAUUGGGCGCUUACCCACCAGCUAUGCCGCCACCUCGCUAUGGUGGACAUGGUGGAAAUCAUGGUCAUGGAGGUUCUUAUCGGCAGGGUAGAGACUAUCAGCGCAAGCGACACAGGGAAGAUGACCACCAUCGGUCAGAUUAUCCAAAGAGGAGUUAUGACCGUGAAUCUCGAAGAACCUCUGAUCAUGAAUCUAGACCGGAGAAGAAUCCACGUUUCCGUGAGAGUGGUGAUUCUGAUGAAGAGGAAGAUGAUGAUAGGAAGCGGCGUACUUAGUCUUAUUUCCAGAUGUAGAUUGCUAGGAGAAGAGUGUGUUACUUAAAAAGAGUUGUAAGACCUGCUCUCAGCAAGUUCCUUUGUAACUUGUGCUUACACAAUUAAAAUGUUGUACAUUAGAAAGUAUGUCAAAACGUAUUUGCAUUUGAGUAAUCGUUGCUUCUUCAACUUUUUAUUUUUACCUUC